AUGCAGAGGAUAGUGGAUCACGCCGUCGGGGUGGCCAAGGAGUCCGUCAAAGCCGCAUCCCGCGAGGCGUUUCACAACACGGCCAACUUCGUCAACUCGGCGUCAGCGCUGGUGCUGGCGUGUCUGCCCAACAAGUCGCCCAUCACGGAAGGGCUCCAUGGAUCCUGGGACCUCCGCCCCACCUUCCGCUCCCCGCGCCUCCCCGCCUGGAUGGCCCAAGGUGGGUCCUCUUUAAACGCCUUUCUGCACGAGUUCGUAGACACUAUAGACGAGUUCCACCUGGACUCCAGCUCCAACUACGAUGGGCAUGGGAAGAAACACCACCACCACCACCACCACCACCACCACCACCACCACAAUUAUCAGCAUCAGCAGCAGCAACAUCUGGGGAACCAUCAUCUGAAUCAACAGCAGCCGUUGGAUGUUGGAGAAAGGCCUCCCAGCACCAUAGAUCCUGCCAUUCGUCGCCAGAUGCCCCAUCCCCCGUCCUUCUCCUCCCUCGACCCCUCUGCACCACCCCAAACCCCCCUCUCCUCUUCGUACGAUCCAUCCACCCGACUGGGAGACGUGUUUGAAUACAUGACGCACCUCAACAUGAACCACCUCAAUGACUUCCGCAGGCACGGAGUUCUAGAGGAUUUACAACUAUUCUGGGAGCUGGUCAUUGAACGCUUCUUUGAUGCCGUGCGGUACCCCUAUGAGGCGAUCAAGGUGGUGACAGAGGACGGGUACGUGCUCACACUGGAGCGAAUCCCGAGGAAGGACUCUUCCAGGGUGGUGUUCCUGCAGCACGGCAUUCUCGACAGCUCCAUUGGGGUGGUGUUUCUGCAGCCUGGCAUUCUGGAUAGCUCCAUUGGGUGGGUGUCGAAUGGUGUGGUGGGAUCUCAAGCUUUUGCAGCCUACGACCAAGGCUUCGACGUGUUUCUGGGCAACAUGCGGGGCUAUGUCACCAGGCAGCACGUGGAUCUGCGCAUCUCUGCCAGCAGGUAUUGGCGCUACAGCGUGAACGAGCAUGGCAUGUGUGACAUCCGAGCCAUGAUUGACUGUAUCCAUCACACCAAGAUCCGUGACCUCGCCCCGCCUCCCCGCCCCUCUCUCGUCCCACCUCCUCCCUCACUCUCCCCUCCUACUCCUAAUCUCCCUUCGACUCAAAAGCCUUCAGCAGCACUAGACGCCCUGGGACUUGUCCACAGCGAUUCUUCACUCCUCCCAAGGCCUGCUGUACAUAGUAGCGGUUUCGAUACAGGUGGAGGAGCAGGAGGUGCUGAUACGCUGUAUCGGCACAAGCCUCAAACGGGUACGGGUGGUUCUGGGUGGACACCUGGCAGUCAGACGAUGCAGGAUGGCGUGAUGACGUGGCAGCCAGGCUGGCACGAGGUGCGGCCUGCUCCUGUGUCGCUGAUAGAUGCCCUGAGGGAGAGGAGAGAGGAGGAGAGGAUGGAAGAGGAGAGGAGGGAGGAAGAGAGAAGGGGAGAAGCAGUGAGGGGGAGAGGAGAUGGAGGGGGAGCGGAAAGCACGACUGCAACAGAAACGUCAGCAGCUGGAGCAGCAGAGGCCUCGGAACAAAAGCAGCAGCAGCAGCAGCAGCAGCAGCAGGGGCAGGGGCAGGGGCAGGGGCAGCAGCAGCAGCCACAGGGGGUGCCGUGGAGUGAGGAGCAGCCAUACCACCUGCAGGCAGUGGCGCACAGCCUGGGAGGGGCGGCUAUGAUGAUCUACCUCGUCACUCAGUUGAUCCGCAGGCAACCCCACCGACUUUCGCGCCUCAUCCUGCUCUCCCCCGCUGGUUACCACGAGAAGACCCCUCUCCUGUUUGACGUGAUGCUAUUCCUCAUGCCCUAUGUCGACUCGUGGCUCUUCCACUCAGUGCCAGCAGUCUACAUCCCCACCCAGGGCCUGCGACUGCUCUUCAACAAGCUCGCCCAGGACUUCCAGAAUCUUCCCGCGCUGAGGUGUUUGGUGCAGGUGCGUGUAUGGUGGAUCUAUGCGUGUGCCUGUGUAGGGUAG